AACAGCAUCAGUUCAUCAGCACUAACUAAUCAGUCAUAGCUAUGAAGUUCACCUGCGCCCUGCUCCUUUUGGCCACCGUGGCAUUCGUCCUGGUUGGCCAGUCCAGUGCGGCCAGUUCCACAACCACGACGGAGGCGGCGACCACCACCACCGCAGCCACUACCACUACCACCACCACAGCUUCUUCCACGGCCAGCAAAGCCACGACAGAGGCUUCCUCCACAUCCGCAAAAAAGAAGCACGUGAUCCACUACAAGCGCAGGGUUAACCGGCCCAAGAAGGUCAGGAAGGUCCGGCGCAAUAGGAGCAGGAGGAACACCAAUUAAAUCCGUACAAACACUUGCGACCUGAUCCAGAACCACCAGUUACCAACCCCCCCAACUACCAACUUCCCUUAAUCCUUAAUCCCAUCCCAAAAUGGCUUUAUAAUUUUAUUUUAUUUACUU